UUCCCGUAUUCCCCCAUUCCCGUAUUCCCAUAUUCCCAUAUUCCCGCAUUCCCGUAUUCCCAUAUUCCCGCAUUCCCGCAUUCCCGUAUUCCCAUAUUCCCGUAUUCCCAUAUUCCCGCAUUCCCGUUCCCUAUUUUAAAGAUAGCCGAAUUGUAGCGUGUUCUCUUUCCGAUAACUUUCCGAUUCUAAAUCGAUACAAAACGACCCGUUACGAAAGGCACGUCAGGACUCAGGUGGAUGGAAAUUUAGUGUUUUAGUCAAAGGCAAAACAAAAAUAAACAACAAAAGUGUAGAUUUCUUACUCUUAGACACAUUUUUAAGUCGUGAAUGUAGUUUGAUUGUUUUAUAUAAAGGCAAGGUAAUUAUAUACAGGUUUUUGGAGUUACAUGUUUUUAUAUAGGGAUGUGUGUGUCCUGUGGUGAGGCAAAGUCCAGAUUUUUUUUUAUAAAAAAACUUUGUUAUAAAAAAACGUUGCCUUUUACAAUACGAAAUGAGAAAAAAUAUACAAAGAUAAAACUGAAGAUGAUUUUUAGUAGACCACCAUCUCAAAGACCGAAAUAUUGGCAGUAUUAAAAUAAAGAGGCUCUGCAUUAUCGCAUAUGGGGAAACAUUAGAUGGGUUCAUUGGAGGGAAUUCAUGUAUAAUUUAAUUUCUUGUUGUUAUUAAUAAUUAAUUAAGCUGCAAUGUGCCCCAAUGCACCAUACUUUAUUAUUUUACUCUGUCUAAUCCCUGACGAUUUUACUUGUUGAAGUCUAAUUGAAGGGAGAGUCUUGCACUUUAGUGGGUUUCCCCUCCAGUGUGGAAAGUUUGUAUCACCCAAUCACAGAGCAGCCAAUGUGAUUUUUGAUGAGAAAAUUCAGUUUUUCCCCCCAGUUUCUCACCCCCCCCUCCCAUUGCAAAAGAAGUCCACUUGUUGACAGCCUCUUAGUUGAUUCUCUGAAUUUUUUCACAGUUUUCAAAAUGUUAAUAAAAUAUUUGUUUCAAUUAAAAAGGCAAUGGCUUAUGUCCAAGUUUUGGGAGGACUAGCAGUUCUAGGAGGAGGCUGUCUGGCUUACGCUGCUGCUCAAAGCCGUCAUGUACGUUUAACUUGAACAAUGCCUGUAUAUUGUGAUUUGUAUUGUGAGAAAUGGCUGAACUGGAUGUUUAUUUGGUUUUUUUUCAGAGCAUUACAAUUGAAUAUCACGAUUUAGAAACUGCAAUCAAAUUAGGUGAAAAAUUAACACCAUUACCUUCAAGGUAAAAUUUCUUUGAAAACUUGUAAAUGAUCAUGUUAAUUUCAAUGACCUUGCAAAAUUUGGAUACACGGUUUCACUUAAUGCACUACCGUGAGAUGGUAGUUAACCCACAGUUAUCAGAGUAAGAAAAUGAUAAAAACGAGGCCAUUGGAGCAGGAUUGCUAUAAACAGUAAGAAAGCUUCAGAUUGAUAAGGGAUGCAACAGAACCACUUGAAAAAUAAAUACAAGGAGAACUUCGACAUUUUCCUUCGUCAGGAAAAUAAUGGAAGGGCCUUCACUUGAAAUGUUGAACUUCUUGUAUUGGGUUGUUCCAGAAAAGAUCCACACUCCCCCCACGGAGGAAAUUUCUGCCGUCCGGAGGGGGAGGGGAGACAAAAUUGUUUCUGAUAAUAGUAAAUGUAUUAUGACAUCCGAAGGGGGUAGGGGGUUUAACUUCCAAUUUCCUCUGUGGGGGAGGUAUGUAUGUUUUCUGGAAUGACCCAUUUUUCUGGUCAGAGGGGGGGGGAGGAAGUUCUAAAUUCCAAUUCCUGUGAAUACUGCACAAAUUCCGAGGUGCAGUUCUGGCAAAAAGGGCAACCUGUUGCUCCUGUGCUGCCCCUGCAAUGUUUGGGCAACAGGGGCAGUUGCCUCGGUGUCUCCGGUGCCCCUGUUUCAGGUAGUUGCAUCCUUAUUAAUCCAAAGCUUUCUUAUUAUUGGAACUACCUACAAUGGCACAGACACAGUGGCAUAACUAUUAUGGGCUCACACCGGGAGAACCCGGGGGCCCCCAACCUCAAUGGGCCAAAUGGGGUCCCCAGGCGAUAGAGCAAAAACAUUGGCCAGGCCUCUGAUAUGUUACAUAUACGGCGCUAGAAUUGUGCCUUUGGCACUUCUACUAGGGGGCCUUCGAAAAUUUUGAACCAGGGGUCCCCUGAUAUAACGUUACGCCACUGCACAGACAGUUCAGAUUAUAAACAGUGAGGUUUAUUUCUUUCAUUAUAUAGUCUUGUAGUCUUGAAAAUAAAUAGAACUGAGAGGUGUAGUCUAAUUUUCUUGCCCUUAUGAGUGUCAACAGCUCUGUCUUCAAGUUGGCCACCAUCUGCUUGCUGAAACCUACCCAAAUACGAAAUAAGCUUCACCUUUGCAGGCAAAUUCAGCUUCAACGACUGAAGGAGACGGCAGAGUUUGAUGUUUUGGUGAUUGGAGGAGGUGCCACUGGUUGUGGCGUUGCAUUGGAUGCAGUCACUAGGGGUGGGUACUACAACACUGGGUCAAUUACCCAGACUCCAAAUCACUCCUCUGGUUUUGUCGAGGACACUGAUCAGGCACAGAUUUUCUGCGGGUGGGGGGGGGGGUGCACACCCCCAGAAAUGAUUUUGUACCCCCAGAGGCAUUUGGCACCGCCCCCAAAAGUUUUUGCACCCCCGCAAAUUAUAUAUAUUUGAUUUGAUAGUUUCAUAUUUCAUUAUUCUUACUACUAAAUUUGUAAAAUUACCAAUAUUAUGGUCUCAGAUCUUGCCAUGCAGGCCUAGAAAACAAAUUUUGUUAAACUUUUUCCUUGGCCUUUCCGGGCACUGCCACCAGGCCCCGGCCAAAGCAAGCAGCAGCACCCCCUCAGAUAUUUAUCCACCCCCCCCCCCCGAAUGAAAAUAUGAAAAUCCAUCUCUGACCCUGAUAGGGAGUGACAGUCUCCAAAACUAGUAAUUAAACUUACCUUGUGUAAAGCAACCAAGGUGCAGGGUUAAUCCAUUGCCUCAACAGUAAAUGCAAGAUUUGCACUCUCAUAUUUGAUAAAAUAAAUUUAAAAUUUCAUCUCAGCUUUUCUUUAUCUCAAUUUAUGAUGUGAAAAUAUAUACUGUACUUCAGUCUGAACACUGAAUUAUUACAGUGGCAGAAAUUCCCUUUUCCUAGUGGGGAAGGGCGAAAGGCAAGCCUUCUAAAUUUCUGACAAACUUACUAUUCUACAUAAAGGGUGGGACAAGGGGCAAUUGCUGCCCCACCCCACUGAUGAAAUUUAUGCCAAAAGUCAUCAUUAUGUUACCUACUUGGAGAGUGCUGGCACAGUGGCACUCAAUGGGUUAAAAAUUUCUGAGCUUUUUGUGAUCUCUGUUGGUGUAUGUAUAGGUCUGACAACAGCCUUAGUAGAGAAAGAUGACUUUGCGUCAGCAACGAGCAGUAGAAGUACAAAACUCCUUCAUGGUGGAGUUCGAUACCUACAGAAAGCUAUUUUCAAUCUGAGUUAUGAACAGGUUUGAAGAUCAAUGUUUAAAUGAAAUCGUAUUUUUGUUUCGCGAGGUCACAUAUUUGAAAAGAAAAUUUUUGUCAUGUUUAGUUCAAGCUUGUUACAGAAGCGUUACAUGAACGUGCCAACAUGUUACGAAGUGCGCCACAUUUAGCUCAACCAUUACCUAUAAUGCUCCCUGUUUACACGUAAGUUGUAACAUCGAAUAUUCUACAGUAAAUUUUUAGUGUAGGUAGUGGUCUUGAAAAUUGAAGUACAGUCCACUAGUGGGCUCAACCUUGGUUUUCAAUCAACAGCUAGCGAACUUGUAAUGCAUGUCCUUUGUGGUAGAUUCUCACUGCUCUUAACUGCAAAUGGUUGUCUCUUAAAAUAUACAUCCUUUCUAUAUAUUUUUUAUGUUUUGAUAGCUAAAUCUGAAAUUACACUGAUUGAAUAUCUAAAUUACUAAAUACCUAAAUAAUCUAGUAACUCAAUACCUGAAUUACAGCGGAACAGUUCGGAACGAAAACAUGCAUGUAGCCUGGAGUAGGAUAUUUGUUUUUAAUCCUGUAAGAUUUUAACUACUAUGACUACUUCAGGAUUUAUCUUGUAUUUAAAGACAUAUUUCUUCACGCGACAACACAUCUUAAUUGAACAUAAUCCGUUGAAGGUGAAAAGAGACUUAUUUUCCCCUGUAUAAUGUAACCUUUUCAAAAAAAUUUGAGCCCUAAAUCAAGGCCCACAAAGAGAGAAAAAAUUUCCACCUAUGUUUAUGCUAUUGAGAAUCUACAGUACCACGAAGGACAUGUAUUUUAAGACUACGGCCUCAGAGGUGAAUAUUAUGUUCUUAGUUGGUGGAAGGUGCCAUAUUUCUGGACAGGAAUAAAGAUGUAUGAUGUGAUCGCUGGAAAACAGCUUCUACACAGCAGUUAUUUUGUUGGUCAGAAGAAAGCAUUAGAAUUGUUUCCAACGUUGAAAAGAAAAGAUUUGUGUGGAGGGAUCGUGUACUAUGACGGUAAGAGGUUUUACAAAGUACGAUAUUUGAAAAAUAAUAUACCGUCGUGAUGAGAACGUUCGUAUUCUUCAGUAAUCUCAUAAAAGGCAAGAAUGAUAUUUGGUGACAAAUGUGAACUAAAAGAUUAUGUUAAACCAGAAGGAUUUUGUUCAAUAAUAAGGUCUUUCACUACGAUCGUGAUAUUCUUUGAAUUUCCUAACGCGUUAUUACAUCUGGAAAGAAGUAGGAUCUAGGGAUCAGGAGGAAUGUUUGCCUUUGUGUAAAGAUUAAGGAACAUUUUCAAAUUUCACACAUAUUUUCUUGAGAGAAUCUAAGGAAUCAUACUUACUGUACAUAGAAAUACAUACUUCUUCAUCUGUCAUUUGAUAUUGUGAAGUGUUCAUGUCAUGUGUGAUUCAAUUUUCCAUUACUUUUAACGCAAUUUUGAGGACCAUUUAGAAAAAGGCAAAUACGAAGAACAUUUUAAACGCCUUUUUGUAGGCACGUGUAGUUUCCUAUAAGAUAGAUUUUUCGUAGGGUCUGCAAAAACAAUGCGAUAAAAUUAAAGAUUUGUUUACUCUAGGUCAACAAGACGAUGCUCGUAUGAAUGUUAGUAUAGCACUAACUGCGGCACGUCGUGGUGCAAGUGUCGCCAACCAUACUGAAGUAAUUCACUUAUUGAAGAAGAAAGUUAUUCAAGGUAAUGUUACCAGCAACAAUUGACAUUGUUAUUGGGUCAUGUCUUGUAGUUUAGUACCCGCUGCUCGCACUGAUGAAGUUGCGGGCUUACGGAUAUAGAAAACCUCGCGAAGUAGCUUUUCCACAAAAUAAAACAAUUCAGUUUUCCAUACAAUUUGUAACCUAAUUUUUGGCACAGAGUCAUCUCCUACACAGAUUCGUGUUUCACUCCGUAUUUGUCGACUCUUGUGAACAGUGUUGUCAAGAAUAUUUUAUACGACAACAGUAUUGUCACAACGCUUGUUACAAUACUGUAUUACAACUUGUUAUGAAGAUUGAACAACCAUGUUAUCAAAGCUCAACAUUGCUGUUCUAUUAUUGCUUUUUUCACUGUUCCAGCAACCAUUUUACGACAUUUUCCAGCUAGCGUACAGUAGAAUACUACAGUGCCUACACGCGGACCCACUUUUGCGGCAUAUUUUUUAUGUGUUCAGACACAAACCACGGCAGGUUAGUGUAGAAUACUACCUACAGUACACUGGACCACCACGUUUAUGAGAUAUCUUUUUCAGGUAGUUCAGACACAAACCACGGCAGCUUAUUGUAGAAUACUACCUACACUGGACCACCACGUUUGAGAUAUCUUUUUCAGGUAGUUCAGACACAAAUCACGACAGCUUAUUGUAGAACACUAUAUCACCACCACGUUUAAGAGAUGGGGUCUUUGAAUGCCAAUUGUCCGCUAUAUUCCGCUAUAUAGUUCAAACCAAUUGUCAACUAUCAAUGAGAUAUUUUUAAAGAUAUCAGUAAAUAUGGCCAAAUGUCAGUAGCAGUCAACCUUACUUAGAUUCUCUAUUUUAUAUCUUGUCAGAUGACAUUGAAAAAGAAAUCGUGUGUGGCGCGCGUGUUCGCGACCAGCUCACGCGAGAAGAGUGGAACGUCCAUGCGAAAUGCGUGGUGAAUGCCACAGGACCGUACACGGAUGAUAUAAGGAAGAUGGAUGAUGCAUCAACACCUAACAUCUGUCAGCCAAGUGCUGGAGUACAUAUAGUAUUGCCUGAAUAUUAUAGGUAAGGAAUUUUCAUAAUAGUGUGUUUCGCUAAGCCAUAUCUCCUAGCAGAUCGCGGUCAACCUGCAGUUACCAGAGCAGAGUGGAUAAGUGAUUGUAAAAGCCCUUUACAAAAGUGCAAACAUCAAAACUACGAGUGGCAGGACGGUAUAUAGGGAACAUGAUUGUAGGAUUUUCUAAACAAUGAAGUGAAUAUAUCAUUUGGCUCGCCUUAAAAAUCAAAUACACUACAUACAGGGUGUCCCAAAAAAAACACGAAAACUAUUGAAAUCACCAAUAACAAUUUAUUUGUUAGGAUUUGAAUGCCUUAGCACUCUGUUGGUUCCCACGAGUGCAUGCAUAAAUGAUUGACACAAGUAAAUUUUAUGCAUAAAGAAACUAUUUAAGAAGCUGCCUUAAAUACCCAAGAGCAGAAAAUCGCGCACUUUACAAGGAGAUGUUGUUAACUAAAUUUUAAUACAUGCACCUUGUCAAUAUUUUACGCAUCAUUACGUUCAGCUUUUUAGUAGGGCAUUUAAUUUUAACAAUAAGUGAUUUCAAUAGUUUUCGGGUUUUUUGGGACACCCUGUAUAGUCGGCUGCUCAUUAUUAGAUAUGGUAUUACUUAAGUAACAUACGAAUGUAUCUAAGUAAUCAAGUUUACCAAUUGUUAUGGCUGAGGUUAUGGCUGUAUCGUUCGUUUUAGCCGACAAAAUCGAAGGUAAAGUUUAUGCAAAUCAGGACGAAAUCUUUAUCCUAUUUACAGAUAUUUAUUGAAAAUCUCUUUUGAGCUUUUAUCAUAAAUUAUUAAUAAGACAAUAGAACAUUAACAAGACAAUAGAACAUUCCGAUUACAUGAUCGCGACUGGAUGGUACUGUUGUUAUGUUCCAAUUCUUAACGUCCUAUGUUUAUAUUGGUUUCAGAAAGUUACAGGUACUUCUAGACUGUUUGCUCAUAUUUCGUUCUAUUCUUUAGUCCUCGCAAUAUGGGCUUUCUUAAUCCAGAAACUAGUGAUGGACGGAUAGUAUUUCUUUUGCCUUGGGAAGG